AUUUUUCCUUUUGCUCAUGUGUUUCUUUAUAUUGCAAUAUAAGUUUGUUAAUAUUAUGGCUUCAUUUGUUUUAUGUUGGUUAGUCCUAUUGUUUUUAUUUCUAGUACUUAGGUGAGAUUGAGAUCAACCGUAAAUUUACAUUGUUUCUUUAUGGAGGACUAGCGCUGGACAAAUUAACGAAAUCCAGCCCAAACCGACCGAACCAUGUGGCCCCGUAGACACCGGUUCGGGUGAGUCGGUUUUUCGGUUUGACGGUUUGAAUAAUCUUGGGUUCACAUGGGUUAAACCGGUCGGUUUAGGUUUGAAUUUAUGGACCCGAUGAUAUCCUAAACCGACCGGUUCAGUAGAAAUCAUGUUAUAGCCACUUCUUCGCUAGGGUUCAGUAGAAACAGCAACGUUAGGGUUCAUCACUUCUCUCAGUCUCAAAUCUCAAUUCAUUAGUUCCACUUCUUCGUGAGAUUCAUACGCACAAACAGCAACGUUACUCCGCUAGGGUUCAUCAUUCUCUCAGUUCGUGGUUUCAUUGUUUAACGAAGAACCGUCGCCGUCCAUUAUUCAACCACAAAUCACCACCGAUAUUGAUUUUGUGAAGGUGUUGUCGGUAAAUAUUGUUCCUACUCAGCUCGCCGACAACUUCCGGAAUAAGAAGCCUGAGGAAAAUUAUUGGUGCGCGUUGGUAUAUUAAAGGAUAUGAAGUAGAAUUCGAUGGAGCGCGGCAAAAGUAGCUUGCAAGGAGUUGGAGUUCCUAGCUUGCAACUGUGUAAACAAUUGCAACCCCAAAUGAUACAUCGAACGUAGCCCAAAAAUUCCGCUGAACAGAAAAACCAUAUGCAGAGGUGUCUACAUUUUUAGCACAAGAUUAUAUUCCAACUUUGCAUUGCAUCUCUAACUUACUUCAAGUGGAAAACUCCAAUGUCUGACCCCUACUGACCUUGUUCCCUUAUUUAAGUUGCCGAUUUACUUGCAGGUAUAUUUGCACAUGCCAACUAGUACAUAGUUUUAUAGAAAUGCACACGUACACGACUGAAUAUAUCUAUAUAUAUAUAUAUAUAUAUAUAUAUAAUUUGUGGCUGUUAUGUAUAGACGUUAUGCAAAUAUUACAGUAAGCACUAAGCUUCACGUACUAGCUCAUGCCUAUGUAUGAAUUAAUUCUAUCUUUUCUAUAAUUAUGUAAACAAACAGAUUAAAAGAGUGGGCACAAAGUCUAUUUCAUGCUGAUACUAAGUGCUAGAAUACUCUUUAUUGCUCUUUUUUCUUAACACUCUCUCAAACGAAUCCGGAUCAUCUCCAGUGGAAUGUUCGGUGCUUUCGAUUCUGUUUCCAUCCGGUCUAUUAACUUAAUUUAAUAGCAUGGAAGAAAGAAAGAGUGAAAAAUAAUUAAAUAAUUAAAAUUAAAUCCAACUGUCAAUAUUGUAUAGGACAGGUGACAGAACCAAAAAUGUUGGAGGGAAUUUGUUUCCCUCUCAAACACCCACUCUUUUAUUGAGUGAAACAUAUAUAGGUCUUUUCCUUUGAAAAUAGAUUUCACAUAAAAUGAUAGAACUUAUUUGUGUUUUUAUUGAUAAAAAAAUUAAUGAUAAAGAAAGUGUUAAAAUGAAAGGGUUGUUAGCAUUACUAAUUGAUUGUAUAAUGAUAAUUAACAUACUAUCAGAAUUUUUUCAAUAAUAAAAUUUUCAAAAUUAAGCUAAAAAUAAAAUAGACAAUGAUGCAGUUGACAUCCAUUUCAACUUUGUGAUUCAAUAAGACAAGCCUUUCUUUUUUGGAGUCAUUUUUUGAAACUAAGGAUGGUGAAGAGGAGGUGAAGAACAGUCUCUAGGGCGUUCAAGAUUUGGUACUGGAAAUGCAGGUCAGGGGUAUACUUUUGAAGAGGUCAAGGUUCUUUUUCUAGUAGUUAUGGACCUCUGUCGCCGAACUUCUGGUCUGCAACACCCCUUGCCAGUUUCUCAGGUGGGGAGCAGCAACAUUCAGGUUCGUUUGCAUUAUAUUGAUGGGAACUACACUGUACUGCCAGAGGUUGUGGAAGCAUCCCUUGGCCCACAUAUGCAGGUAACUUUCUGUUUUCUCAUUUCAAAGUUAGUGUGUCUGGUAGACAAAUGGAACUAGUUAUGAGUUUUAUUUCACAAGCAUGAUGCAUUAUUUCCACUAGUUUAAGAUGCCACUCAAUUCAUGAUUUGAAAAUAUGAUGCAAGAAUGAUAGAAAUGAAUGAAAUAGGGGUCUGGUACUGCAGUAUGGAAGACUGGCCUUGAAGGGGUCUGGUACAAGGUAUGAAAAGAAGUCUUGUACAGUUUUUCAUUUUUUUUCUUCUUGUACUUGUGUAUGCAUAGUAACCAACAAGGUAUGACCAUCUGGGAUAUAGAAUAUUCCUUAGCCCGAAGCACUUGUGAGCACGAGGUUUGUUGGAAUCUUGCAUUGUGCAAGUAACAUGCUUAUGCAUUAAAAACUGAAUGAACUCUUAUCUAGAAUCAUGUUUUCGUUUUUAUGUCUGAUGAAAUGAAAAUUUCUAUUGUGAGCAGUAUGGAGUAACAUGCUGACCUAUAUCUGUUCAAAUGAGUCAUUAUAUGGUUCCUUAACAGAAGCUUUUUGCAUAGCCAUAUUAGAGGCUGCUAGCUGUGGAUUGUUAACAGUCAGCACGCGUGUCGGAGGUGUUCCUGAGGUUGUACCAGAUGACAUGAUUGUUUUGGCAGAACCUGAUCCAAGUGAUAUGGUGCGCGCAAUCCAAAGGGCAAUAACUAUGCUGCCUAAAAUUGAUCCUCAAGUCAUGCACAAUCGAAUGAGGGAACUCUAUAGUUGGCAUGAUGUUUCCAAAAGGACCGAAAUUGUAUAUGACCGUGCUCUGAAGUGUUCCGAUCAAAACCUACUUGAACGUCUCUCACGAUACCUCUCUUGUGGAGCAUGGGCAGGAAAGAUCUUUUGCUUGGUUAUGAUCUUCAAUUUUUUGCUAUGGCAUCUACUGGAACUAUGGCAGAUGAAAUUGAGGAGGCGCCCGAUGUUAUUCUUUCGCGCAACUGCGAUGGAUUGGAGGGAUGUUGCAGAAAAUACAACAAUGCAGAAAAUUACAAUAGUAGUGAUACUAAUAAUAUUUCAUAGGAAAAAAAUGCUGACAUGAUUCGACGAUUCUGCUUCAAAUGAGUCAAUUAAGCUCCCAUUUCCGAAAAAUGCAGCAAUUUCAUAAGUUUUAAGAUAUAUUGUUUUAUUUUUUUGUUCAUAAGUAAACUAAAAGUUUAAAGACUAGUAUAAAAUUAUGCUAUUUAAAUCCUAGAUAAAAUCCACUUGUGUUGGGUUUA